AUGAAGGGUGUACACGUCUCGAACUACGAUAUUAUCCGGGUGUUAGGUAAAGGUAGCUUUGGAGUCGUCAGACUUGUUCGUGAGAAGAGCGAACACUGCGAGAGUCUCCAUGGAAGCAGCUCCAGCACGAAAUAUCUUGAUGGAUCUUUGACACCAAAAGAAGAAAGUCCUUUUAGUCCUUGUCGCAGACCAAAACGGGUGUUCGCCAUGAAAGUUAUCAGGAAAUCCGACAUGCUCCGCAAUAGCCAGGAAGGUCAUUUGCGUGCAGAAAGGGAUUUCUUAGUUGCUUCAGAAAACUCCCGUUGGGUAGUGCCUCUAAUUGCCGCCUUCCAAGACAACAACAACUUAUACCUUGUGAUGGAGUAUAUGAUGGGUGGAGAUUUUCUCGGACUGCUCCUUCGCGAGGAUAUUCUCGACGAGAACGUGGCCAAGUGGUAUCUGGCGGAAAUGAUACUUUGCAUUGAAGAGGCACACAAGAUGAAUUGGAUCCAUCGCGAUGUCAAACCUGACAAUUUCCUAAUCACCUCAUCUGGACAUCUUAGAAUUUCCGAUUUCGGUCUCGCCUUUGAUGGCCACUGGGCUCAUAAUCAGACAUACUAUAAUGAACAACGAUAUAGCCUGCUACGUGACUUGGGCAUGCAUGUCCAGGGCGAUGCACAAGAUGUGGAAGAGGAGAGAACCCGAAAAGAUGCCCGUAAAAACAUGGACUAUAUUUACGGCAAUGGAUCAAAGCGCAGCCGCUAUCAAACUCGACAGGAGACUGCCAAUGGGCCCAUUAUUGAUUGGUUGAACCGUGAGCAAAGACGUCAGUUCGCCAAGAGCGUUGUAGGAACCAGUCAGUAUAUGGCUCCAGAGGUCAUCAGGGGUGAAAACUAUGAUGGGCGUUGCGAUUGGUGGAGCAUUGGCGUAAUACUAUACGAGUGUCUCUAUGGAUGUACACCGUUUUUCUGCGAAAACAGACAGGCUACAAAGGCGCGAAUAAUUGAUCACAGACGAUGGCUGCGAUUCCCAUCCGAUCAGCGUUACGCUCGUCCGAACAUUGAUCGCGUACCCCUUAUGCCAGUCUCACGCAAUGCCAUCGACCUAAUAACGAGACUACUCGAAGAGAGACAGGAUCGGCUUUCCGCCAGACGAUACCGUGAGAAUGACUGGGUGCUCCGCGAUAAGUCUCUCAGUAUGCGUAGCAACCGACACAUUCACAACAACACUGGUCACAUCGUCUUCCCCCAUGAUGCCGAAGACAUCAAAUCGCAUCCAUUCUUCCGCAACAUCCAGUGGUCCUUGCUGCACAUGACCCGCCCACCUUUUGUUCCUCGUGUUCAUGGCGGACAGCCCAUCACCAAGUACUUUGACGACGAGGCCGAUAUUCUAAGCGCAUCCGAUCAUCUCGACUCUUCCAGCUACGAAUUUUUGGAAGUAGCUGAAGAGCCAGCACCGCCUUUUGCUGCAGCAGUACCCAAAGCUAACGUUGAUCCUCCCACUAUCACAAUCGAUCCCCAGGUCCUCAUCCCUGGAAUCUUUGAACAAAUCGCAUGGGAUAGGCUGUGUACUUCAUUCAAGAAGAUACCAAGGCGGAAAAGGGAGAAAAAGAGACCUCGAGAUAAACUCCUUCGUGAUCCAGAGGUUGGUCGCGCGGUACUGGAGAUCAGGAAGAGGGGUGCUUUCGUAGGGUAUACAUACCGUAGGCCGAGAUUCUCGCUGCCUGAUUUGGACGAUAAGAUUGCGGGGGCGAGAACGCAUGUCCCGCGGCCUGGUAUGACUGCUACGAGUGCCUAG